UCUGUAGCUCUAUGUAGGCCACAACACUGGUACACUGGUUCUCACAAAUGCAGACAAAAUGCCCUGGCAUGCUUCCACCAGAGCUAAAGUCUUCGCCCAACCAGAACACCAUGGUGUUGGCUUCACCUUCCCAGCUUCAGUGGACAGAGCCGGGGUCACAUCGCCACAUGCCUAAUAAUGAGGUAAUGAAGGAGCAGGAAAAUGCCCAGGACAUUCCCCCACCUGAUACAUGACCCCCAGUGUGUCUCAGUUGGGUUGUUGCGUCACCAGAAGGAGAAAGGUAGACCAGGGGGAAAGGACAAGUGGGGAUGGUAAUGGAGAUUUGGAGGGUGAGGCGAGGUGGGGGGGGAGUUGAUAUUUAAGCCACAGACAGAAUCUCCCCUUCAUCAGUCUUCCUCUCUCUCUCUCUCUCUCGCUCUCUCUGCGACAAACAAAGGCAUUGCUCCCUCACCAACCAGCAUGUCCAGCACAGAGCCCACCACCAGCCUGGAGAAUGCAAUGCAGCUGAUGAUCCAGACUUUCCACAAGUACUCAGGGAAUGAGGGGGACAAGUUAACCCUGAGCAGGGGAGAGCUGAAGGAGCUCCUCACGGCGGAGCUGGGCAACUACCUGGGGAAUGCCCAGGACAAGGACGCAGUGGACAAAGUGAUGAAGGACCUGGACGCCAACAAUGACGGUGAGGUGGACUUCACAGAAUUCGUCAUCCUGGUGGGCGCGCUCACUGUGGCCUGCAACGACUUCUUCCAGGACAAGCCUGAAAAGAAGGAGUGAAGGGGCGGGGCUUGGAGGGGAGGAGAGGCUGGAUAGGUCGUCUGGGCUACACUUUAAUACGUCAAUCAGAAAACUACGAGAAGGAGGCAGAGAAGCACCAUGUUUCCACAAGGACUCACCCCUCUGGCAAGUGAUAUUAGGGGAAUGAGGAGUAGAGUGUAGGGGAAGAUGCCUCACAAAUCCAGUCAUUCCCAAAGAAGACCCACCCACCAUUCCUACGAAAUCUGAAUCUUCAGGCUGGCUAGAAACACGACUGGAGUAGCAUCAGCACAUUAGCACAAGAAACAGGAAUGUUUGGAGAUCCAUCAAAAUAGUAUUCAAUUGUUUUUUUGCUAAAUCUGUCAUGGUCAUUUCUGGUUAUUUAAAAUGUUAUAGCCUUGUACGAAAUUAUCCAACUGUUCCUCCUUAUUAGAAUAAACAUGGAUUUUAACCAA